AUGUUUAUUGAUCAAUCUAACAGUUAUACCCAAUUAGCUUCAUUAACACCUGGCAUGAAAAGUCUUACUGUAAUAUUUCGUUUAAUAUGGAAUUGUUUUUCUACAUAUCAUAUAUCAAGUACUGGUCGUGAUAAUGAUGAAGAUAAUGAUUGUUUUGUUAUGAAAAAUGAACAAAAUGAACCUUGUAAAAUAAAUAUACUUACAUUUAUUGAAAAGAAAUUAGAAGAUCAAAAUCUUUUACGUUAUCCAAAUUAUCGUCAACAAUAUAUACAAUCAAAACUACGAGCAUGGAUCCAAAGUUGUAAACAUGCAAUGUAUUCAAUGUAUGAAAAUAUUGAUUAUGUUAUAUCUGACGAUGGAAAAAUUGUUGUUGUUGAUUAUCAGAAUACAGGUGUUUCACGCACUAAUAUGCAUUGGAAUAAUGGUUUACAUCAAUUUCUACAAUUGAAACAUAAUUUAAGACUAUCACCUGAACGAAUGUGUGAUUCAUUUUUUUCAAAUGUAACAUAUUUUAAGAAAUAUCAACCGAAUUUAUAUGGAGUAACAGGUACAAUUGGAGCCAAAGCGCCACAAGAUUUUGUACGUGAUGUUUAUGGAGUUGAUGUUGUGUUUAUACCGAAGUAUUUAGAUAGUGAUUUUAGGAUUUGUCCAGGUCAAGUUGCUCGAUCUCGUGAUCAAUGGUUCGGUAAAAUUUCUACAGAAUGUCGCGAGAUAGCAAUACAGAAAAAACGUGCUGUUCUCAUUAUCAGUCAGACGAUUGCUGAUGCCGAAGAUAUCGCAAAGAAAUUGAAAUCUUCACUGCACCGAAAUAUUAAACUCUACGUACGAAGUGAUCUAAAACAACAUGUAAAACCUGAAGAUGUACAUGAAGGUGAUAUUAUUGUUGCAACAAAUCUAGCAGGACGUGGUACAGAUAUGAAACCAGUUACAGCUGUUAAUGAUCGUGGUGGAUUACAUGUUAUUGUAACAUUUCUUUCACGAAAUCUUCGUAUUGAACAACAAGCAUUUGGUCGUGCUGGUAGACAAGGUAAACCUGGUAGUGCAUGUUUAAUAAUCUAUCAAGAUAUGCCACCUGAACUCUAUUCAUGGAUUGAUGAAGCUCAAUCGAUAGAAAGAUUUAAAGUUAUACGAGAUAAAAAUGAAGUAAAAAUAAUUCAACAAGCAUUGAAUCUUGUACGAAAGAUUGAAGCGAAAGAUCAACUUUUGAAACAAUUUUUAGAUCUAGUGCACAGUGAACGAGAUUCAAUUGAUUUUGGUAAUAAUAAAACUUAUCGUCCAGGUUUUGAUUCAAUGAGAGAAACAUGGGCAAAUUUUUGUUCGAAAAUUGAUGAUCUACAUAAUGAAACAGAAGUUCAACGUGAAUAUCAGACAUUUGCUAAUUCAAUAAGAACACGAUUUGAUCAAUGUCUUACAUUAAAACGAAAUGUUACACCGCGUUAUACUCUUAUUCCGUUGAGCCAUCAACUUGUUCCAAUCGCUGUAACAGAUCAAGAAUAUGAAAAACAAAUCGCUGAAAAUGAUAUUGAAAUAUUAAAUGCAUUAAUUGAAUAUCCAAAAUAUCUAAUCGAUGCUGGUAUUAACGAAUUAUGCGGUAAGAAACCGCCUGGUACUCGAUUGCGUAGUCUCAAAUUAUUACAAGCUGCACAGCAGCUUGAUAAUACUGAUUUCAUUACCUAUUACAAUCAAAUUCCGUCUUUGAUUGAUCAAGAAAAAAUCGCGGAUGCUACACAAGCUGUGACUAAUGCACUUGAACAUCUUCAACAAGAAAUGCAUUAUCGUGAAAUGUUAGGUAUAUUCAAUGCUAUACAGCCAUCUGAUAAGAAUAAGAAAGAACAACAACCACGUUUUGUAGCUGAAAUUCUCUUUCUAAAUGUUGUCAAAGCAUAUAUUCAAGGUGCAAAAGAUCAAUUAGAGAAAUUUGAUUCUGAUAAACAUGAAGUUGAAUGUAAAAUUGAAUAUUGGAAAGAAGUAGUAGAAGAACAAUUGAAAUCUACUCCAUAUGCACAUCUUAUGGCUGAACUUGAAGAUGAACGAACGGAAUGGGCUUUUGAAGGAUUACAAUUUCGUUAUCAAUUUGCAAUAACAGCAAAACGUUCUUGGUGGAAAACUAUAUUUGUCUUUAUUAUGGGCAUUGCGCAAGUCGUUGGAGGUGCUAUAUUGUGCUUUUAUGGAUAUGUGAAAUUUGGCACAUCUAUGAUCGGACAAGGUUUGGUUGAUGUUUUUACAGCUGUUGCUACAAAGAUUACAGAUGAUUUUAGUAUUUCUGAUUAUUUCAAGAAUAAAAUUGUUUCCUAUGGUACACAAUUGUUUGAUCUUGGAAUGCUAGAUCGGUUUGUUACACCACUUAUGUCAACACAAACAAUUAAUAUUAUUGGCUUUGGUGCCAAAACUGUCCAUGAAUUAGCUACAAAUGGAAUUAAUCUUGAUUCCUUAAAAAACGCUGCCUUAGGUGCACUACAAGUAGCUGGUGUAAAUGGAAAUAGUUUGAAAUAUGCCACAACAAUUGUGGAAAAUAUUGAUACGGCUUCAGCUUUAAUAUCGGGUGAUUUCAAACAAAUAAUGAAUGUAAAAACAGUAAAUAAUUUUUUGCAAUUAUUUUGGUGUGUAGAUCUUUCGCAUUUUGACAUAAAUAAUCCAUUAUCAAGUGCAUUUAAAUUAGUUGAAAAACAGAUCGGCUCAUUACCUGUAACUCAAUUAAUAGCUAAUGCACUUCCACAAGCACUAGAAGAAGAAUAUGCUAAAAGAAAGAAAGAUUUUAAUCAACUAAUUCGUACAACAAUUAGUUUGGUCAAGUCAAGUGAACAUUUAACAACAGCUGAUGCUGCACAAGCUGUUACAGAAAUCUUUCAUGCAACAGAUCCAUCUUCUAUCUAUGAAGCAAAUAAACAUAAAUUAAAUUCAGGUGUUCGUUCUAUUGUCGAACCAUGUAUUCAACAGUGUAAACAAUUUCAAGAUCAAAUCAAAUUUCUUGAAAAUCAACCUGUGGUCCGAAAUUGUUUUGACAUGUUACGACAACAAAAUAUUUCAUAUGAAACACUUAUGAAAUCCAAUGGUUCGAACUUAAUGAAAACUAUCAUUGGACAGCAAUUACAAUCAAAUAACAAACAAGCAGACAUUCUUAAGACUGUUCUUUUCAAUUCAGUUGAUAUAUUAGUAAAUUCUACAGGUCAAACUAGAGGAAUAGAUGUGGUAAAUAGUGAUGUAGGAAAAUUAUUAAAAAAUCAUAUAGAAAUGAACAUAAUUCGACCAUGUUUGGAUAUUCAACAAGAAAAAGAUCUGAAUAAGGAAGAUCAAAAGCCGAUGAAUCAAUUCUCAACUGCAUUCGAAUAUUUACAAAGACAGGGAGCAAAUGGUCAUAGACAAUAA